GCGCGCGCCUCCCGCUGCCGCACUUUCACUCUCGGUCCACCUCGGUGUCCUCUCGCGGUCCAGCCCUGCAGCCUCCGGCGCGCCCUCCCGCCCACGCCAUGGACGCCAAGGUCAUCGCCGUGCUGGUCCUGGUGCUGGCCGCGCUCUGCAUCAGUGACGGUAAGCCAGUCAGCCUGAGCUACAGAUGCCCAUGCCGGUUCUUCGAGAGCCAUGUCUCCAGAUCCAACGUCAAACAUCUGAAAAUCCUCAACACUCCGAACUGUGCCCUUCAGAUUGUCGCAAGGCUGAAGAGCAACAGCAGACAAGUGUGCAUUGACCCGAAACUAAAGUGGAUUCAGGAGUACCUGGAGAAAGCUCUUAACAAGAGGCUCAAGAUGUGAGAGGCGUGGGUCAGACGCCUGAGGAACUUACAGAAGGACCCUAGGUCUGAAGUCAGUGUUAGGGAAGGGCCCACAGCCUCUUCCUCUGCUCCCGAGCAGGGCUGAAGCCAUUUCCAAGGGACUUGCUUUGCACAAUUUGCUGUAUUUUCACCAUUUGAUUAUGUAGCAAGAUACAUGGUGUUUAUUUUUCAUUUAGUCUGAUUGUCCAAUGUCAUUGGUGAAAGGCCAAAGCCACUAUAUUAUCUCCUUUGUUAUAGCAUCUUUGCCAUGGAGGACCUUCUCUGAGUAUGGGCUUCCCAGGUUUGUCUCUGAGUUGAGACUGGAGGCACACCCUUUUUCUUAAUGGGAACUGGGUGUCCCCACCCCAAGGACUGCAGAGCUUUCCCAAACUGAGGCAGGAGAGUGAGGCCAGGGGAGAGUGAGAGCCACCCUCAACCCACGCUGUCCUAUUCAUCCAUCAUGCUCAUCAUUCUCCUCACCCAUCGCCAUGUGUCUCCGAGACUGUCUCCAUGAGCCUGAGAAAGAACUCUCCCAAGAUGAAAUCUUUGGUUCAAAUGGGACAGCAAGAAAGAAAGGAGAAUGUCUGGUGUUCCCCAAAAACCCUGUGCACAUGUAUGUCUUGUUUGGAGUAGUGUCUGUUCAUCCCCCUGCUUUUGUUCAAAGUCCAUGUCCUCAUCCACGGCCAAUGUCUCGUUCAUGUGUGCACUGUGUCUAAUCCAAAUGCAAAGGCUGAGUAUGAGAAGCUGGCCCUGGGGUCCAGGCUGUGGUCCCGGAGGAUGCAGGCACCCUUGCUUUCCUCACUCCUCACAGGGCUACUUAGGACACACAAAGCCAAAGAAAAGUGGUUUGCACCAGCACUUAGCACUGAGCACUGUCAAUGUUUCCAUAACUGUCGUCUUAAAACUGUGGUGUUGUCUUCUGGUAUUCUAUUGAGGAAUAACAGUUCUCAAUUCCUUCCAAUUAUUUUUAAAGUCAAUGAAUCAAAGAAUCAACCCUAGAUUGAUUUCCUCACUUCGGGCAGUGCUGCCAUCCCUUGCUUUAGUCACAGGACGUCUUUGCUGUCACUGAUGGAUCACAUUGUGUCCCUUUGCUUGGGACAGGUGGGCUUGAGGCUGCUGCUUAAAGUGCGGCCCUGGGAGUGUUUUGUCCUCUGCAGCUUUUAUGCAGCCGAGCUCACUAAAGCACAGUAAGUGCCUCCAGUUCUUCAAUGGAAAGGAUGCAGGAAGAAGAGAUAGGGAACGGGGCCACCCAAGUAAGAUGGAGUGAGCUACAGUGAGGGAAUUAUCAAAAACAGGUGCUUAAGAGGGACUAAUCUGUAGAAUUGUUACGUUAGCAAUGCAUGUGGGGGAGGGCAUUUCUAUAAAUAGUCCUUUAAAUUGGCUCCACAGAAGGAAACCCCAUCCAGCAAGAUUUUAUCAAAUUGGAACAAAAACUAAAAUACCGGUUAGGAUGUGGGGCAUGUGGGCUAGUUGCAGCUCUGGAUCAUCACAGGGAUACAGAUUGUUUUGAGUCCCCUUGAGAUGAACAUUCCAUGCGGCUGGACUAGAUACCACACAACUGCAAUGUUAGUGCAGCAGCCCCUUUGCGUCCAACCCAAGGUUUUAGGGGCGCUGCCUGGGGACAAGUACAGCCCUCCAUCCUCACCAUCGUUAUUGGUCCUUUCAAUGUCUCCUCCACGGGGUAAAGGAUGAAGGUAGAAACUGUAGGGAGACUUAUUUGUGUAUCAAUUCCUCUGCUAACCACCAGUUUCUGAAUGGAGACAGCCUGCCUAAAGCCAAUAUGCAUUUAAAUAGCACAUUUACAUAAGAAAAAUCUCCCCCGCCCACCCUAGUCUCCCAUCCCUUUGCUUUCAAAAACAAACCCCGCACUUCAGUGAACUGUUGCUGACUAGAGACACCUAGCUGCCCCCUGCCCCUUCUUCCCUUGGGCUCCCAGUAACCUGGCAGGCGCCAGCCCUCCAUCAGCAGCCUUUGCAUCUGGAUAGGGAAAGGGGGUUGGAGACUUACAGUCUGCUUUGUGCUGAGACCCGGAUUUGUGCCUUGUGCUGUUUACACUGUGCUGCUAGCUCCUGAGGGCAAUGGGUCACUAGCAAGGAAGAGCAGCAGAACCCCCUGGUUCAUUGCCUGUUCAGCUCUGAGGGUCCCGAGAGCAAAAGGUUGCUUUCUUCCUUGGGCCUCUCCAGUGGGUUAUGUUUAUCUCCUCACAGGGGCCUUCCCCCUUCCCCGGUAAUGUAUCAGUUUCUAGCUGGAUGAGAACUGGGGAGCGUUCCCUUACACAGCUUCCCUGGUCCAUCUUAAGGUAAUCUCAUUUCUCAAAAUGUUCCAUAGAAACCUCAAAAUUCCCCCAGGAGACGCUGGUCAUUGCCAAGUUCACAAAACCAGCCCGCAGAGUCAUUGCCAGCCUCAAUGGUCUGAGCAGCGAUGGGUUCAGUGUUGUGUGUGGUGAAUACUGUAUUUUGUUUCAGUUCUGUCUCCCAGAUAAUGUGAAAAUGGUCCAGGAGAAGGCAGCUUCCUGUAUGCAGUGUGUGCUUUUUUUUAAUCUCAUCUUUAAUAUAUGACAGUUAUUUGAGAAGCCAUUUCUACUUUGAAGUCGUAUCAAUGAAAAUGAUGUAUCUUCACCUACAAUUUUCCUAAUAAAGAUCUAUAUUCAAAUACA